UUCCUCCUCUGUUUCCUCCACAUCUUCUUCCUAUUCUUCCUCUUCUGAAUCCAGAUUUUCUGAAGCUAUUGGUGAGCCAAAGAACUAUAAUAAUGAGUUUUUUCCAUUUGAAUUCAGACUACUCUAUAAGACAUCUUACUCUUAACAGGAGCUCUCCUACUGUAUCUCCUUUCCAAUUUUCUGGUCUUAAUGACUUUCUUUUUGCUUCUAAUUUCCCCUGUCCUCCUUCUUCUCUUUGGGUAAGUGUGGCUGUGGCCCUCUUUGCUCACUGUAAAAAGUGAUUUCUUGCUGAUGCACCCUUUCCCUCCUUGCUUCCUGUUAACCUCUUCCCACCCCACCUUUCCACCCACACCAUAGGAUUUACCAGCUUUUACCCAACUUUUACAAACCUAGCCAUGUUUUUCUGAAGCAUUCCUCCCGACAGGUCAUUUGGACUGGGAGACUCUUGUGCAUGAAAAUCUGCCCGGGCUAUUGGAAAUGGAUCAGGAUGACCGUGUUUGGCCCAGAGACUCACUCUUCCGAUAUUUUGAGUUGCUAGAAAAGCUUCAGUAUAACCUAGAGGAGCGUAAGAAGUUACAAGAGUUUGCAGAACCCCAGAUUACACCCUUACACACCUGUUCUCCAGUUCUCCAUCUCCAUGUCUGCCUAUUCCUUUCUGCAUCACGGGCUUAUAACUCAAGCAAUCUCCUUGGGUUCCUCUGAGGGGCCCCUGGGAUCCCCUAUCAUUGGUUCCUCUCACAGAAGCAUACCCUUCUCCAGAGCCAAAGGAUCAGAUAUUCAGUGGCUCAGUUGAGAUUAACCAGAACUCCCCUCCGGUACCAGUGUUCACCUGGAAACAUGGCUCUGAGCCUCUGGCCCCUGCUGCGGCUGCUGCUGCUGCUGUGCUUUGCAGUGACUCUUGCACCUACUGGGCCUCAGUCCCUGGGCCCUGGUCUCUCCUUCCUGAAGUCAUUGCUCUCCACUCUGGACCAGGCUUCCCAGGGCUCCCUGAGCCGCUCACAGUUCUCUACAUUCCUGGCCAACAUUUCUUCUUCCUUUGAGCCUGGGAGAAUGGGGGAAGGACCGGUAGGAGAGCCCCCACCUCUCCAGCCACCUGCUCUCCGGCUCCAUGAUUUUCUAGUGACACUGAGAGGCAGCCCGGACUGGGAGCCAAUGCUAGGGCUGCUGGGGGAUCUGCUGGCACUGCUGGGACAGGAGCAGACUCCCCGAGAUUUCCUGGUGCACCAGGCAGGGGUGCUGGGUGGACUUGUGGAGGUGUUGCUGGGAGCCUUAGUUCCUGGGGGCCCCCCUACCCCAAGUCGGCCCCCAUGCACCCGUAAUGGGCCCUCUGACUGUGUCCUGGCUGCUGACUGGUUGCCUUCUCUGCUGCUGUUGUUAGAGGGCACACGCUGGCAAGCUCUGGUGCAGGUGCAGCCCAGUGUGGAUCCCACCAAUGCCACAGGCCUCGAUGGGAGGGAGGCAGCUCCUCACUUUUUGCAGGGUCUGUUGGGUUUGCUUACCCCAACAGGGGAGCUCGGGUCCGAGGAGGCGCUUUGGGGCGGUCUGCUACGCACAGUGGGGGCCCCCCUCUUUGCUGCCUUUCAGGAGGGGCUGCUCCGUGUCACUCACUCCCUGCAGGAUGAGGUCUUUUCCAUUCUGGGGCAGCCAGAGCCUGAUGCCAAUGGGCAGUGCCAGGGAGUGUGGUAUGCAGUCUCAUGGGUACCAGGUGCCCAAGGCUGGCUACAGGCCUGUCAUGACCAGUUUCCUGAUGAGUUUUUGAAUGCGAUCUGUAGUAACCUCUCCUUUUCAGCCCUGUCUGGCUCCAACCGCCGCCUGGUGAAGUGGCUCUGUGCUGGCCUGCUCCCACCCCUUACCAGCUGCCCUGAAGGCCUGCCCCCUGUUCCCCUCACCCCAGACAUCUUUUGGGGCUGCUUCUUGGAGAACGAGACUCUGUGGGCUGAGCGACUGUGUGGGGAGGCAAGUCUACAGGCUGUGCCCCCCAGCAACCAGGCUUGGGUCCAGCAUGUGUGCCAGGGCCCCACCCCAGAUGUCACUGCUUCCCCACCCUGCCACAUUGGACCCUGUGGGGAACGCUGCCCAGAUGGGGGCAGCUUCCUGGUGAUGGUCUGUGCCAAUGACACCAUGUAUGAGGCCCUGGUGCCCUUCUGGCCUUGGCUAGCAGGCCAGUGCCAGAUAAGUCGUGGGGGCAAUGACACUUGCUUCCUAGAAGGGCUGCUGGGCCCCCUUCUGCCCUCUCUGCCACCACUGGGACCAUCCCCACUCUGUCUGACUCCUGGCCCCUUCCUCCUUGGCAUGCUAUCCCAGUUGCCACGCUGUCAGUCCUCUGUGCCAGCCCUUGCUCACGCCACACGCCUACACUAUCUCCUCCGCCUGCUGACCUUCCUCUUGGGUCCAGGGGCUGGGGGCGCUGAGGCCCAGGGGAUGCUGGGUCGGGCCCUACUGCUCUCCAGUCUCCCGGACAACUGCUCCUUCUGGGAUGCCUUUCGCCCAGAGGGCCGGCGCAGUGUGCUACGGACAAUUGGGGAAUACCUGGAACAAGAGGAGGAGCAGCCAACCCCACCAGGCUUGGAACCCACUGUCAACCCCAGCUCUGGUAUAAGCAGGAUGGAGCUGCUGGCCUGCUUUAGUCCUGUGCUGUGGGAUCUGCUCCAGAGGGAAAAGAGUGUUUGGGCCCUGCAGAUUCUAGUGCAGGCAUACCUGCAUAUGCCCCCAGAAAACCUCCAGCAGCUGGUGCUUUCAGCAGAGAGGGAGGCUGCACAGGGCUUCCUGACACUCAUGCUGCAGGGGAAGCUGCAGGCAGAAUCCAUUCCUGUGCCCCCACAGGUACCACCAUCUGAGGAGCAGGCCCUGGGUCGCCUGACAGCCCUGCUGCUCCAGCGGUACCCGCGCCUCACCUCCUAGCUCUUCAUUGACCUGUCACCACUCAUCCCUUUCUUGGCUGUCUCUGACCUGAUGCGCUUCCCACCAUCCCUGUUAGUCAACGACAGUGUCCUGGCUACCAUCCGGGAUUACAGCCCAGGAAUGAGGCCUGAACAGAAGGAGGCUCUGGCAAAGCGUCUGCUGGCCCCUGAACUGUUUGGGGAAGUGCCUGCCUGGCCCCAGGAGCUGCUGUGGGCAGUGCUGCCCCUCCUCCCCCACCUCCCUCUGGAGAACUUUCUGCAGCUCAGCCCUCACCAGAUCCAGGCCCUGGAGGAUAGCUGGCCAGCAGCAGGUCUGGGGCCCGGGCAUGCUCGCCAUGUGCUGCGCAGCCUGGUAAACCAGAGUGUCCAGGAUGGCGAGGAGCAGGUACGCAGGCUUGGGCCCUUCGCCUGUUUCCUGAGCCCUGAGGAGCUGCAGAGCCUAGUGCCCCUGAGUGAUCCGAUGGGGCCGGUAGAACGGGGGCUGCUGGAAUGUGCAGCCAACGGGACCCUCAGCCCGGAAGGACGGGUGGCAUAUGAACUUCUGGGGGUGUUGCGCUCAUCUGGAGGUGCGGUGCUGAGCCCCCGGGAGCUGCAGGUCUGGGCCCCUCUCUUCCCUCAGCUGGGCCUCCGCUUCCUGCAGGAGCUGUCAGAGCCCCAGCUUAGAGCCAUGCUUCCUGUCCUGCAGGGAGCUAGUGUUACACCUGCUCAGGCUGUCCUGCUGCUUGGACGGCUCCUUCCUAGGCACGAUCUAUCCCUGGAGGAACUCUGCUCCUUGCAUCUUCUGCUGCCCGGCCUCAGCCCCCAGACACUCCAGGCCAUCCCUAGGCGAGUCCUGGUUGGGGCUUGUUCCUGCCUGGCCCCUGAACUGUCACGCCUCUCAGCCUGCCAGACCGCAGCACUGCUGCAGACCUUUCGGGUUAAAGAUGGCGUUAAAAAUAUGGGUACAACAGGUGCUGGUCCAGCUGUGUGUGUCCCUGGUCAGCAGCCUGUUCCCACCACCUGGCCAGACUGCCUGCUUCCCCUGCUCCCAUUAAAGCUGCUACAACUGGAUUCCUUGGCUCUUCUGGCAAACCGAAGACACUACCGGGAGCUGCCCUGGUCUGAGCAGCAGGCACAGUUUCUCUGGAAGAAGAUGCAAGUACCCACCAACCUGACCCUCAGGAAUCUACAAGCUCUGGGCACCCUGGCAGGGGGCAUGUCCUGUGAGUUUCUGCAGCAGAUCAACUCCAUGGUAGACUUCCUUGAAGUGGUGCACAUGAUCUAUCAGCUGCCCACUAGAGUUCGAGGGAGCCUGAGGGCCUGUAUCUGGGCAGAGCUACAGCGGAGGAUGGCAAUGCCAGAACCAGAAUGGACAACUCUAGGGCCAGAACUGAAUGGGCUGGAUAGCAAGCUACUCCUGGACUUACCAAUCCAGUUGAUGGACAGACUAUCCAAUGAAUCCAUUAUGUUGGUGGUGGAGCUGGUGCAAAGAGCUCCAGAGCAGCUGCUGGCACUGACCCCACUCCACCAGGCAGCCCUGGCAGAGAGGGCACUACAAAACCUGGCUCCAAAGGAGACUCCACUCUCAGGGGAAGUGCUGGAGACUUUAGGCCCUCUGGUUGGAUUCCUGGGGAUAGAGAGCACACGACAGAUCCCCCUACAGAUCCUGCUGUCCCAUCUCAGUCAGCUGCAAGGUUUCUGCCUAGGAGAGACAUUUGCCACAGAGCUGGGAUGGCUGCUAUUGCAGGAGUCUGUUCUUGGGAAACCAGAGUUGUGGAGCCAGGAUGAAGUAGAGCAAGCUGGACGUCUAGUGUUCACUCUGUCUACUGAGGCAAUUUCCUUGAUCUCCAGGGAGGCCUUGGGUCCAGAGACCCUGGAGCGGCUUCUAGAAAAGCAGCAGAGCUGGGAGCAGAGCAGAGUUGGACAGCUGUGUAGGGGGCCACAGCUGGCUGCCAAGAAAGCAGCCCUGGUAGCAGGGGUUGUGCGACCAGCUGCUGAGGAUCUUCGAGAACCUGUGCCAAAUUGUGCAGAUGUACGAGGGACAUUCCCAGCAGCCUGGUCUGCAACCCAGAUUGCAGAGAUGGAGCUCUCAGACUUUGAGGACUGCCUGACACUAUUUGCAGGGGACCCAGGACUUGGGCCUGAGGAACUGCGGGCAGCCAUGGGCAAAGCAAAACAG